AUGGCUGAAGAGUUUUACAAUGCUUUUGCGACACCGGUUGCACUUGUCACUGCUGCUGAGACUGUAUACAGUGAAAAUGAAAUGGGUACUAAUCAGAAACCACCAAAGUUGAUGUAUAUUGAGGAUUUUCAGGGUAAUAACCAAACGGGUGACGGGUUUUGGUCUAAGGUUUUGGCGAAGUUCCUCGACCUUAUGGACCAAGGCCCGUAUCGUGAUAUCGACUCGGUGUCGUCAAAGUGGCGGAAAUUGAACGCGUCCGUCAAUAGGUUUUGCCAGGAAUAUAAUAAAAUAUCUACAAGUGGGCGUCGUAGCAGCAUGAGCGACGACGAUGUUUUCAAACAAGCUUUGGACAAGUAUAAGGCGAACAAUGAGGAGUAUGCCGUACAUGAAGCGGAGAGUCCACCGGGCCGAGACAAAUCAAAGAAGGAGCGGGCCAAGGGGAAAGAAAAGGAAAAGGUGGACCCGAAGAUGGAAGAGUUUAUGGAAAACUUAAAAAUGUACAACGAAGUCUCGGCCCAAAAGACGAAGGCGAAGGAGCAGGCCGUCGAAGAAAAAGCUCGUGUAGCGGAAGAAAAGUUACGCGAGAAGGUCCGAUUGUCGAAUGAGAAAAUCAGAAUUUCGGAUGAAAAAAUUCGGCUCAAGGAAUGGGAAAUGAUAACGAUGGAUGUCGAUCAGUAUCCCGAGCCGAAACGUUUGAUGUUGAAAAAACUUCAAACCGACAUCAUGAAGAAGCAUAAUAUUAUUUAA